GGAGAAGUCACCGCACCGUCAGGGACAGGGAGGGCAGGGCUGUGUCUUGGGGCCGUCCUGGCCGCGCCCAGCCCCCUCCCGCCAUGCCGCCCGCGGGGCCCCGCGGGGCCGCGCCACUUGCUGCCGUCGUCCUGCUGGUGCUUGGGGCUCCUCUGGCGCUGACAAGUGAAGACUGCUUGUGGUAUCUGGACCGGAAUGGCUCCUGGCAUCCAGGAUUCGACUGCGAGUUCUUCACCUUCUGCUGCGGGACCUGCUACCAGCGGUACUGCUGCAGGGACCUGACCUUACUCAUCACCGAAAGACAGCAGAAGCACUGCCUAGCCUUCAGUCCCAAGACCAUAGCAGGCAUCGCUUCUGCUGUCAUCCUCUUUGUUGCUGUGGUUGCCACCACCAUCUGCUGCUUCCUCUGUUCCUGCUGCUACCUAUACCGACGGCGCCAACAACUCCAGAGCCCGUUUGAAGGCCAGGAGAUUCCGAUGACAGGCAUCCCAAUGCAGCCAGUAUACCAAUACCCCCCGGACCCCAAAGCUGCUCCUAUCCCUCCACAGCCUGGUUUCAUGUACCCACCUAGUGGCCCUGCUCCUCAGUACCCUCUCUACCCAGCGGGACCCCCAAUCUACAACCCUGCGGGUAAGUGCAUACCCUGGAAUCCUUGUUCCUGCUUGUCCCCACCUCUUGUCCCAGGACCUCCCUUACCUCCAUCACUGGUAGAUUCCCUUUCACAGGCUCCUUCCAUAUCUUUUGGGAACUUCUAGGCAUCUCUUCCCAUGGGACCUGUGUACUAUAAAGGGUGGGGGAGGGUACUUCCUGUCCUCCUGUGCCCCACUGACCUAUUCUGUUCCCUUGGUUUUCAGCUCCUCCCCCCUAUAUGCCACCACAGCCCUCUUACCCAGGAGCCUGAAGAAACAGCUGUGUCUUCCAUGAUGCCCUUUUUUGGGAGAUUCCCCAUCCUGUACCUGCAUCCAGCCCUGGGGGUGGGCAUGGGUCUUCUAGUCACCAGGCCCCAGAUCAAGCCAAGCCCUGGGCCCUGCUGGGGACAGAGCCCCAGAGAAAUGGAACGUGAGCUGAGUUGGAACCAGGCCAUGGAUGAGGGGUGGGUAGGGAGGGCUUGGGAUUCGUGGGCUAUUUUUAAUGGGAGACAGGGAGUAAGAUGAGAACCUAGGUCACAGUGUGUGUUUUCAAGUAGUCCCUCUGCUCCCAGGAUCCCAGUCAGAAAGGUGGGGCCGCUCCCACUUUGGGAUGCAGUGGAGAUAGCAGAGGGCUCUAUCAACAGCUGGCCAGAGUCCUUUCCUCUGGCUGCCCCACUGGCCCGAGCUCAGGCCUCCUGGAUUAAAGCUGUAAUGAUAUAAUGCAUGCUGGUGGAAUCAUUGGCCCUUUCUCUGAGCCAUGCCUUCCGCUCAACCCAGGCUGCUGCCUACUCCAUAUCCACAGCAGGGGUUGGGGAGCACCAGUGGGACAAGAGCUCCACUAUCCGCUCCAGCCCAGGUGGAACCCCCAAAGAUCCUUAGGCUGUUUUCAAAAGCAAGUGAGGUAGAGUUGUAGCAGCUAGAAAGAGGGUACUGGCUGCAUUUCAGGGCCAGGACUCUGGGACAUCUGAGGCACUACCAGCUGUGUGAAGGCACCUCCCCAUCCAAAUACACUUAGAUUCAAGUUUGGCUCUCA